AAACUCCACUUGAGGAAACGUAGGGUCCAAACCUACACCACCCAACUGAUUUCUUUUCCUUAUUUUCCUGUCUUGAGAAGAAUUGAUUAGGCUCUGAGAACACACAUAAGUAGAAGAGCAAGGGCAACCAAAGAAGUAGCAGAAGUUGGUGGCUUUAGUAUCCAUAUUUCAGAAUGAUUGUUUCCCACCCUUUACUUUUUUUCAUUGCUGAUUGGUAAUUGAUUGCUGAAGAGGUAGAUCCAUGACCCUUUUCAUGUGUUGUGAGGUUUUAAUCUGAAGAUUGAGGUUGAGGGAAAGUAGUAGCAGCUAGUGUUGUGUGUUAAGAGUGAUGGAUAGCUCCGAGAUCAAGUCACCCCCAGAAAGCUCCCUUGAAGGGACACCAGGAACUUCAAUCAACAGAAAGAAGCUAGCGAUUUACUUCAUUGAGUCUGAGGAUAGAAGAAUGGCCUUUGGUCGUGGAUACACAGCAGGAUCUACACCAGUUGAUAUCCAUGGCAAAUCCAUUGUUGAUCUUUCAAAAACUGGUGGUUGGAUUGCAGCCUUCUUUAUAUUUGGAAAUGAAAUGGCAGAAAGAAUGGCUUAUUUUGGGCUUUCAGUGAACAUGGUUGCGUUUAUGUUCUACGUGAUGCAUAGACCAUUCACGAGUUCAUCCAACGCAGUGAACAAUUUCUUAGGGAUAUCACAAGCUUCCUCUGUGCUGGGUGGUUUUCUGGCAGAUGCAUAUCUUGGACGAUACUGGACAAUAGCUAUCUUCACCACAAUCUAUCUUGCAGGUUUGACAGGAAUAACACUGUGUGCAACAAUAGAGAAGUUCGUGCCGAACCAAGGAGAUUGCGACCAAUUUUCUCUGUUACUGGGAAACUGCGAGCCAGCAAAAACAUGGCAAAUGACAUACCUUUACACGUUUCUAUACAUCACAGCGUUUGGAGCAGCAGGGAUAAGGCCAUGCGUGUCAUCUUUUGGAGCAGACCAGUUCGACGAGAGAAGCAAAAACUACAAGGAACACCUCGACAGGUUCUUCAACUUCUUCUAUCUGUCGGUGACCAUUGGGGCAAUUGUGGCCUUCACUGCUGUGGUGUACGUGCAGAUGCAGUAUGGGUGGGGUUCUGCAUUUGGGUCACUCGCCAUUGCCAUGGGAAUAUCGAACAUGGUGUUCUUCAUAGGCACACCCUUGUACAGACACAGGUUACCCGGAGGGAGUCCUCUAACUAGGGUUGCUCAGGUUUUGGUGGCGGCGUUUCGAAAGAGAAAUGCCCCUUUUUCAAGCAGUGAUUUCAUAGGCUUGUACGAGGUUCCUGGGAGACACUCUGCUAUCAAGGGAAGUCGGAAAAUUCCUCACACCAAUCAUUUCAGGUUUCUUGACAAGGCGGCGCUGCAACUGAAAGAAGACGGCGGCAACCCGAGUCCAUGGAGGCUCUGCACCGUGACUCAGGUGGAGGAAGUGAAGAUCCUUAUCAAACUCAUCCCCGUACCAGCCUGCACAAUCAUGCUCAACGUCGUUCUCACGGAGUUUCUCACUCUCUCAGUUCAACAAGCAUACACUCUCAACACCCACUUAGGUCGUUUGAAACUCCCAGUCACGUGCAUGCCGGUGUUCCCAGGCCUCAGCGUUUUCCUCAUUCUCUCUCUCUACUACUCCCUCUUCGUCCCCAUCUUCCGGCGCAUCACCGGCCACCCACACGGUGCCUCUCAGCUUCAGAGGGUCGGAAUCGGGUUGGCGGUGUCCAUUCUCUCAGUCGCAUGGGCCGCGAUAUUCGAACGAUACAGAAGAAACUACGCAAUAAGAAACGAAUUCGAGGCUACUUUUCUGACUCCCAUGCCUAACCUGAGUGCGUAUUGGUUGUUGAUCCAAUACUGUCUCAUUGGUGUGGCUGAAGUCUUCUGCAUUGUGGGGCUCUUGGAGUUCCUCUACGAGGAAGCCCCUGAUGCCAUGAAGAGCAUAGGCUCUGCGUAUGCUGCACUCGCCGGCGGCUUGGGUUGUUUUGUGGCGACUAUCAUAAACAACAUCAUUAAAUCUGCCACCGGGAACGUGGAUAAAGGACAACCUUCUUGGUUGUCUCAGAACAUCAACACUGGCAGGUUCGAUUACUUCUACUGGCUUCUCGCGGCUUUGAGCGCGCUAAAUUUUUGCGUCUUCGUGUAUUCGGCUCGUAGAUAUAAGUACAGGGCACAGCAUGAUCAUGAGAUGGAGAAACGUGAAAUGUCGUACGUUGGAAACUAAAACUCCUAGUUUUCGACAGAGUAAAAUGCUGUCUUUGUUCCGUUCAAUAACUUGUAAUGGUCUUUGUUCCGUUCCAAAGUUACCGUUUCAUAUAUAGAGGUUGAAAACGCAGACUAGUUAGGGAGUAUUCUGCACGAGAUUAUGGAUUUCGUUGUGAAGGAUGGUUACUCCCUGACGUAACUUAGUUAAAUUAAACACUUACAUUCAA